AUGGGUCUGAUAUCAGGUUCUGAAGCUAACGAGGCGUCACAAAAGCUAGCCUACCAAUAUCACUCCAAGCUGAAGCCGAAUCCGCAACCUCAACGCAGCUGGUUCAUUGCUCGCGAUCGUUCUUACCACGGAGCGACUCUUGGUGCUCUCGAAACCAGUGGACACAAAGGCCGCAAAGAGAUUUACUUACCGAUUUUACCUGAGAAGACGCAGUUCGUAUCUCCUUGUAAUCCUAGCCGCGAUAUGAAGAAGGGAGAAUCAGUAGCUCAAUAUGUCGAGCGACUCGCAGAUGAGUUGGAGCGUAAGAUCCUUGAUCUCGGUCCUGAUACAGUAGCAGGCUUCGUGAUGGAGCCGGUCGUUGGCGCGGCACUUGGUUGCGUCCCCACACUACCCGGCUACCUUAGAGCGAUGAAGCGAGUAUGCAAGAAAUACGGCGUACUUUUGAUUCUGGAUGAGGUCAUGUGCGGCAUGGGUCGCACCGGCUAUAUGCAUGCAUGGCAAGAAGAGGACGUCGUUCCAGAUAUCCAAUUGGUAGGCAAGGGUAUCGCAGGCGGCUAUGCAGCCCUUUCCGCGAUGCUGGUCGGACCAACCAUUGUGGAUGCGAUGGGAGACAACGCCUUUGCCCAUGGCCAUACGUUCCAGAACUUCCCGACUGCUUGCGCUGCUGGUCUCGCAGUUCAAGAGAUUGUUCAACAGGAUAAUCUUCUGGAAAAUGUUCGCGACAAAGGGGAGAAGCUCAUGCAGAAGCUACAAGCUCGUUUGGGCGAUCAUCCCAACGUGUUCGACAUCCGAGGAAAGGGUCUCUUCAUAGGGAUUGAGUUUGUGCAAGACAAGCUCACCAAGGCAGCUUUUGAUCCAGAAGUCGCAGUAACCUGGAGGGUACAUGAGCUUGGGCUGAAGGAUGGAUACAAUGUAUAUGUGUACCCAGGUUCCGGAACGGUUGACGGCAUUCGCGGCGACCACAUCAUCAUCGCCCCUGCAUACAACGUCACCGAUGACGACGUUGAAUUCAUCGUGGAGCGCAUCAGUAAGACGAUUGUCGAUUUCUUCGAGGAGCUCAGCAUCACGCCCAAGUUGUAA